AUGAAGUCGUUAAUAGUGGCCGACCCGGAGCUGAUCAACACAAUGAAUACCAGAGAUUUUCACUUAUUUGUCGACCGCACGGCCUGGAAGUCCGGGGAUCCGUUGAACGACCGGUCGUUGUUUCAACUGAUGGGAGACGAGUGGAAAGCCAUGCGAUCUGUGAUAAGUCCGACAUUUUCAUCGGGAAAGAUGCGAGCAAUGCAUCCACUGAUCAUCGAUUGUGUCCAUCGAUUGGACCAAUACUUGGAGACAAAGGCUAUAAAUGGGGAUGAAUUGGAUGUGAAGCGAGCGAUGGGUAACCUAACUAUGGAUGUGAUCGCUUCGUGUGCUUUUGGCACUCAAAUAGACACUCAUAACGACCACAAAACCAACGCAUUUGUGGAAAAUGCUAUGAAAUUGUUCAGGUUCAAUUGGUUUCUCUGGGUGUUUGCAUUACUACUAAUGAUGUUACCUGAUUCAAUGAGGGAGUGGUUUGGCUUUUCACUCAUGUCCGCCACUGGGGGUAAAUUUUUCCGAUCAGCGAUUAACGAGAUUACAGCCAGACGUAGAGCUGACCCCAAUUGCGGUCAAUACAGGGAUUAUCUGCAGCUUAUGAUUAACGCCCAGAAUAGGAAUGCAGACAAUAGUGAGGAUCAGGACAUCGAUGACCUCAACGAACACAUCUUCGGCACAACCGAUUCUAAGGACUCUUUGAAACCUAAACAGCCAAUGAAAGCGCAGAUAACAGACAACGAUAUGUUGGCCACGAGUUUGUUAUUUUUCAUCGCCGGUUAUGAGACAACUGCCACUCUAUUGCAGUUUCUGUUGUACUCGUUGUCCGUCAAUGAGAAGUGUCAGCAAAGACUAUACGAAGAGAUCAAUGCCUUCGACGGCAACUAUAGCUACGAAUCAAUCGCUCGAAUGCCGUAUUUGGAGGCCUGUAUUGCAGAGACGCUCAGACUUUAUAAUCCACUUCACGUUACCUUUAGGAUUGCAGCGCAGGAUUAUAAGCUUGGUGAUACUGAAAUAAUUGUGCCGAAAGGAACGCUCGUGGUAUUUGACAUCCAGUCCCUCCAUCACAGCCCCGAGUAUUACCCGAAUCCCGAGGUUUGGGAUCCCGAGAGGUUUUUACCCUCAAAUCGUGAUCGAUUAGUGCCCUAUACUUAUAUGCCGUUCGGAACGGGACCCCGAAAUUGUGUGGGAAUGAGGUUUGCGUUAAUGGAGGCCAAGACUGCUGUCGCGCAUCUCAUCACUAAAUACCGAUUCAAACGUACGGCUAAUACAGCGGUUCCGCUGAAGUACAAGAAGUUUAAGAUAAUAUUAACCUCUGAAGUCAUUUAUCUUGGGAUUGAAAAAAGAUAA